CGUAGCGUCGUAUACGUUUAUCGGCGGGUUAACAAUCAGUGUGGUCUUUGGGGAGAAACAGUUCGAAGAGUUGAAAUUUUCCUGGUGUUUAAUUCGCGAGUGGUAUAAAGUGGUGGCUGUCACGCGGCUCCUUCAGAAAGAGAUGAUUCAUUGAACGCAGAAAAGGAGUAAGAGCGAAGUUUUUCACGUGUGAAUCGAUUAGAGGACUUUUUUUUCAAUCGGGAUAAAUAACGUGUAACGAAAUAAGAGAGAACAGUGGACGAUCAUGGUGUGACUCGGGUGAUUAAACGGAUCUUUCGGAAAGAUCGACGAGGUUGACCGGUGGUUGUGUGGUGAUUGGUUUUGGUGGUGGUGCUUGAUACGCUCCUGGGAGUCGGAAGCCCGUUGGCACUUGGGCCUCGUUUACGUCAGUUUACUCAUGCUGGGAGUUUUGAAGCGGCGCUGGAAGCCAUCGAAAAGGGCUUCCAGUGUCCGCGGACCUGAUUCGCCCCUCAGCUCGGAACUGACGCUCGACAAGCCUCGCCCCAUACCAUCACCCAGACAAAUUCACCCUCUGUAUGGAGAGAAAGCUGGCCUUCUGGGUUACUGCGAUCCUGUCGGUAACACAGAGAAUUUUCCACCAGCCCCUAAUAUCGUCGUCGAGGGUGGUAGAAUCGAGUUUGUGCGCCCCUCGCAGGAUGGCACCACGACACCCCGAAGGAACACCAUGUCCAGAGGCUCGCAGACCUUCAGCGACGAGUCCGAGAAGUCUGAUCCUGCGAAGGUACGUAGCGCAGAGUGGUGUAUAGGUAAUCCGUUGCUGUCGUCUCGAGCGUGCAUUAACGAGAGCUUGGAGGAAAGGGUGCAAGAAUUGGAGCAGGCGUUGCAAGCGGAACGCUUCGCUGCCCAGCGGGAUCGAGCGACGAUCACGAAGCUACAACGACAGAUCAACAAGAGAGAGGCCACGCAACGAGAUGUGGAACGUGAACGGCGACAACGAAUGGAAGCCGAAGCUCGUGUACGCGAGGCUACGGCUGAAGCUGAACGAGCACGCUCCAGAGUUCAUCAUCUCCAAAGAGAGCUGGCCAGGAUGGAGGAGACGUCACGAGGGUUGUUGCAGCACAAACACAGGGCUGAACAGCUGAAGCAAGAGAAAACCGCGCUCACGCUUUCUUACGAGGCACGCGUACAUCAGUAUCAGGCACAAAUCUCGAAGCUGCAGCUGGAGAACGAGUCAAUGAGGGGUCAGCUGCGCGGUUUGGAAGCUGCGUGUGCUGGCGAAGUGCAUGCUGCACUUGUGGCACGUCUGGCGACCUUGGAAACAGAGCACGCCGCCUUGGCGCGUGACGCCGACGCUCAGCGUCGCCAGUACGAGCGGUGCUUGGACGACGUCGCCAACCAGGUGGUCCGCGCCCUUCUAUCCCAAAAGGGUCUCAGGGAAGAAAUCGGUGCAUUGCAGAGGCGUAUUCGCGAGCUGGAAGCUCAAAAUCGAACGCUUUCAGGAUUAUUGGCACAGGCAGCGAGUCCUGGAAGUCCUACUGAGUUGAUUCAAGGGAUCCUCGAAGCUGGACCAGCGGCAGUGGUCGCUGCGCUUGGUCUCGAUCCAGCUUGGGUUCCUUUAGCGAGGCCUCGUUCACUUAAUCUACAGAUACCAGUAAUGGCUGCGACGAAAUGUAGACGAAACAGACCCUUGGCCCAAAAACCGUCGGAAGAAGAAGGGAGCGAGAGUCCAGAGAGCGGCAACAGGGAUGAAGGUUACUCGACGAUGUCCAGCGAUGUCCAGGGAGAGGGUGCUCGACAAGAACCAUCCCGAGGGUUGGAGGAUCUGAAGGAAGCGACCGACGAGACGGAGGCGGAUGUUUCUCCGGAUGCAAGAUUGGUCGCCCUUGACGCCGGUGACCCUGACGUUCUAUUCUUGCCGUUGAAUCUCACUGUAGGAAUAAACCCACGUCACAGCUAUCCACCGACCAAAGAUUUGCUGCCGUAUCAACACGUGAUGCGUAGCUUCUCUGACAGUCAUCUAUGCCUCAAGUUGACCACCACGACCAAUUUUACACCCUACAAACUAUCCAGCCCCAUUGGAUCGUCCUCUCUCCUCCUCGUCGAAGAGGAAGGUUGGGAUGCUGAAUAUGUGCAACAAUGGCUCAGGUUGGACGACAGCAGAAGUGCUCAACAACAUCGAGAUCUCCUCGAGUUGGAAUACGACAGAGCAGAACUGGAAGAUUGGAGUUUCUCGUUGUCCACCGAGGACCUUGUUCAAAAUGAAUCCACGGUAUGGAAGGAACCUGCUACCACUACAACCACCCCGGCUCUGCCGGCAAUCAAGGAACAUAAUCCUCUAGAAUUGGAAGAGGACGCGAACGAAUGCUUAUGGAAUGGUGCCAGUUACCUGGCUGAUAGAACCGGAGGCGAAUUGGUUGCUUUGCUGAUGGACGCCAGAGCAACUGGCUCGUGGCCGUACGCUACAAGCCCGGGUGCUUCCUGGAGCAGCGAAGAGGGAGCUCUUGAAAACUCCAGCAAGAGAUCAUCGGCGGCUUUAUCCGGUUGUAGCGACGAUCCAGACUCUCCCUCCGUAGGUACCGAUUUCACCAGAGACUUCUACAGGUUGGUCAAGUUCGAGAGUACGAAAAGCUUAGCCAGCACGUCGUCGAGAAGCGGAAGACCUCCGCCGGACAGGGAACAAGCUCUGCAAAGCGUGCUUUCGUUCAUCGCGGAACAGCAAAUGUACUUAGCCGAACUACCGAAUAAUCUGUUGGAGCACGGCAACGUACCUCUCGCAACGGAAGUUGUAGAGGAAACUGAAAACAAAGACGAGCGUGGAACCGAGGCGAUGUGCACCGAAAUAGAAACAUCCGUCGAUCAAGAUAACAGCAACACGGAGAACGUCGUUGAAACGAGCAGUAACGACGAUCUGCUGGAUCAGAUACCCGUGCCGUCUUUAGCACCAGAAGAGAGAAUAAUCAGUGCAGUAGCGUGUAACGGUGGCGUCUCUUACACCACGGUAGCGCCGUCUGAAUUAGGAGCUGUCCCCGAAGAAGACGAGGAAGCGGCCACUUCCUCCACGCCGAGCACAGUUGUCAGUCCAGCAAGAGCGCCUCUGUUAGUGGAGGGCAGAGAUCGAUCGUUGAGUUUCCAUGAACGUGCCACGUCGAAAGAUGUGAUAGACGAGUUGAAUCGAAUGAUCAGGAAGGGCGAGGAACACACGGUCACCCAUGAAAGCCAAGUGCCGCUGGAAAAAUUGGAUCUCGCUUGCUGCUGCCCAACAGGAUGGGUUCACGUUGAACGGGACAUUGACUUUACCGACCCAAAAGCAAGAGCCAAUCUUUUAGACGUGAUGUUAGAAAGCAGCGAAAGUUCUUCGGCGACAUCGAGCAGCGGAUCAGCAGGAAGUGACUCGGGGGAUGAACCGCCUGAUUACCGUCACUUGCAUAGAUUACACCGAUACCGACGACAAAAGAAAGCAUCGGCGGCCCAGGCACAUCGUGUGCUGAGACUGCCGUCAACGUGGGGUUCAUCGAGGCCGUCGAUCAUUGGACGAGGCGAGGAUUUCUUCGUGCGAUACGGAGACAAGGAACGGGAAGCCGUGGCCUCUUUCGACUUCCUUGACGAGAUCGUUCCGCCAUCCUCCAGAGGCUCCAAUACCAGUCUCAUCGACCUGGACGACACACCGUCUGCUGAGCUUCGCGGUGACAUCAUGAAGCUAUCUCCGCUCUAGGAUGAGGUUCGAUCUAGGGGUCUAUCGUAAAAUUACUAUUGAUCGCUCUUAUAGGGUUCAGACCAAACUGUUUCCAUUCGACGAUCGAACCAACCUCCUACAUCUGCUUUGCUACUGAGAGAAUUUAAGUUACAGACGCUGAUUGUACUACUUAUUCCAACCCUCGUGCACCGUUAGGGUUAAAUUCACCCCGAAUGGAAAUAUUAAUAUCUAAUAAUCGAUUGUUGUUCUGCAAAUUUAACGUACAAUUCCAAGUAGCAAAAAAGAUGAUAAAAGUUUGAACGGUGCACAAGGGUUGAUAUUCUCACUGAGAGCACAUGGAACUAUGAAAAUGAAUUCAUGAAGAGUUUACUUGUAAAAUGUAAGUCAAAGUUUGGUUUCUGUAACAUCAUACACGCGUAAUUUUGAUGGGGAAGUACAAAUUGCUUUUUUUUUUUGUACGACUGUAUUCUUAUGGGUUUAUCAUAAAGGGUCAGUAUAGUUUUAGUGUUAACGCUAGCAGGAUUUAAUUUAAUAUUUAUUUUUCGUUCAGUCCUCUCUGAAAAAGCUUUAAGUCUUUUUGUAGGUUGAGAAGAUUUUGACCAACAUCUUUAAACAGAGUUUCCAUGCUAUUGCUUAAAAUUGCAAUAUCUUUAUUUAAAAAAAAGAGAGAGAAAUAUGUUCCUGCACACGACAAACGAUUGUGUAAAUUAAUGAAAUAAGCGAAGAAAUUUAUGUACGAUAUAUUUGUUUGCCUAUUUACGGUAAAGGUGUACAUCUUCUUUGAUCUCUAAGUACUUGCUGUUCGUUAUUCCAUUCGUGAAUAUUUCGAUCUGUACAUAGACUAUCCAUUUUCCUACGAAUAAGAACAAUUAUUCAUUAUCCAGUUACGUCUUCAAUGCCUGGCAUCUGUGUGUUUUUGUUUCGAAUUUUUCAAAAGCAUCAAAGAUGACUGUUGAGACAAAACUGCAAAAUAAUGAAGAAUAUUGUUUCGUCUAGUAAUGAAGUAAUCGUAAGAAUUAUCGUUUUAGAGCUUCCUCUGAACUAUUCAUUGAAUUCUUUCCAAAUAAAAAAACAAACAAAAGAAUAUUCAAUGAAAGAAUUUUCAAUUUCAAAACGAAUAGAACCAGAAACUAAUUACUGUACUUGAAACAUACUCUUGCUCACGAAAUGAAGAUAGACUUCUUAAUUAGCGUAUGCAUAAUGAAUAUUAAUACUAAAGUAUGAGUAACUCGAUGUAAAAUGUGGUCUAAACACUUAGUGUGUGUAGUGUGUACAGUACAUACAAAUUACUACAGAAAAAGAAAAGAAAAUAUAAAUCAUAGACUGGAACUAUGAUUUGACUUAACAAAAGGAACAAUACCUCCAUUGAUGAUCUUGUUAAUUAAAAUCAAUCUUGACGUUCAACGAGUAGUCCGUAACGAAUCAAGUACGCACAUAACAAAUUUGGAAAAGUUAAUUUUACAAUAUUUCACUGAUAGAAAGCGUACAAGAGUGAUAGAUAAAGAAUUUCUACGAUUUUCGACAGGAACACACAUCCGAUUUGAAUUAGGCACAAGAGUGUCGUGCAUAUUCUUUGAAACUGAGCUUAGAAUGAAACUCUAGAUUAAGGACUUAAUCGACGAUUUUUUUUUUUUUUUUAAGACCACGAAUUUGUACCAUUUCUUGAACGAUCGUCGAUGAAUAUAACGUACCGUUUGUUUGUGCGAAACACGCACCAUGAAAAGGUACGCCGAAGAGAGGCGUACAUACAACUUUUCGUUCCGUCUUCGAUGAAAGAGCGUGUAUGUUAAUGAACUGUGUAAAAUAAAAGGAUACGUUUGAAUUAGGAGCGUAUAUAAAUUUCACGUAACGCUCAACGAAUGAAUGGUAAGAAGGAAAUCGUGUAUAACGGAAGAAUGGUUAACGUUAAAUGGAUCAAAACGCCGUACCAAGAAAUGAAUGUUUCGCUAUUUGUACGAGAACAACAGGUGAAGUUUGAACUCGCGUUUGGUCAAAUUACUAGGAGAUAAUAUCAUUAGUUGGUAUAACGUUUAAGAUAACGAGUCGAUAGAAAUCGAAAUAUUUUACACGUAGAUGAUAUAGAUAUACAGGGUGUUCGACAACAGGUGGGCAAUAUUUUAAGAGGUGAUUCUAGGGAUCAAAAUAAGACG